AUGUGUGUCGACUACAGGAAACUGAACUCCUCUACGCGCAAGGACCACUACCCCUUGCCAUUCAUAGAUCAGAUGCUUGAGCGCCUUGCCAAUCAUCAAUACUACUGUUUCUUGGAUGGAUACUCAGGAUUUUUCCAAAUUCCAAUCCACCCAGAUGAUCAGGAGAAGACUACAUUCACUUGUCCCUAUGGCACAUAUGCUUAUAGGAGAAUGCCUUUUGGAUUGUGCAAUGCUCCAGCUACAUUCCAAAGGUGUAUGAUGUCCAUAUUCACAGAUCUAAUAGAAGAGAUUAUGGAGGUUUUCAUGGAUGAUUUCUCAGUAUAUGGUUCUUCCUUUGAAUCAUGUUUGGGAAAUCUUGGAAGAGUGCUACAGAGAUGUGAAGACAAGCACCUAGUUCUAAAUUGGGAGAAGUGCCACUUUAUGUUAAAGAUAUCAGAAGCUUCUAGGACAUGCUGGUUCUACAGGAGGUUCAUUAAAGAUUUCUCACAGAUAGCAAGGCCGCUAACACGCCUAUUAUGCAAGGAUAUUAACUUUGAGUUCACAGAGGAGUGUCACAAGGCUUUCACUAAGAUCAAAGAUGCAUUGGUCAGUGCGCCAGUGGUUCAACCUCCAAACUGGGAACUACCUUUUGAGAUAAUGUGUGAUGCAAGUGAUUAUGCAGUAGGAGCAGUGCUUGGACAAAGAAAAGACAAGAAGCUACAUGUGAUCUACUAUGCCAGCAGAACACUUGAUGAGGCACAAUGCAAGCUACCUGAAGAAUCAGUUUAUGCAGCUGAAGCUAGCAAUAAGCAUGGACAACUAGGCCAUCACAGGCCAGGAACAAAGAUCUCAUCAUCAAACACACCAUGGUUUCGCCACAUAGCAAACUUCCUUGCAGCUGAAUACCCACCACCAAACUUCUUUGGCUACAGAAAGAAGAAAUUUCUGCGUGAUGUAAGAAGGCACUUUGCCACUUACAAGACAGUAUCCAAGGUCCUACAAGCUGGAUUUUGGUGGCCAACUAUGUUUAAGGAUGCUCAUGCAUUCAUAUCAAGAUGUGAUGCUUGCCAAAGAAUGGGAAAUAUAAGCAAGAGGAAUGAGAUGCCACAGAACUUUAUACUAGAAGUUGAAGUUUUUGAUGUUUGGGGCAUUGACUUUAUGGGACCCUUCCCAACCUCUUUUGGUGACCAAUACAUUCUAGUGGCAGUUGAUUAUGUCUCCAAAUGGGUGGAAGCCAUUGCCAGCCCUACUAAUGACGCACAAGUGGUCAUCAAGAUGUUUAAAUCCAUCAUUUUUCCAAGGUUUGGAGUGCCUAGGAUAGUCAUAAGUGAUGGAGGUUCACAUUUCAUAAACAGAAUCUUUGCCAACCUUUUGAAGAAGCAUGGAGUUACUCACAAAGUUGCCUCUCCUUACCACCCUCAAACUAGUGGACAAGUUGAGAUCUCAAACAGAGAACUCAAGAGCAUACUUCAGAAGACAACAGGCAAGACAAGAAAGGAUUGGAGUGCCAAACUAGAUGAUGCUCUAUGGGCAUACCGCACUGCCUUCAAAACACCACUUGGUACCACCCCCUUUCAUCUUGUUUAUGGUAAAGCAUGUCAUUUACCUGUGGAGCUGGAGUACAAAGCAGCUUGGGCUAUUAAGGAGUUGAACUUCAACCUAAAGACAGCAGGAGAAAGAAGAUUGAUUCAGCUGAAUGAGCUUGAUGAGAUUAGGCAUCUGGCUUAUGAGAAUUCAAAGAUCUAUAAGGAGAGAACCAAAGCUUUCCAUGACCGCAAGAUCAUCCCAAAGAACUUUGCGCCAAACGACCAAGUUCUACUAUUCAACUCAAGGUUGAAACUCUUUCCAGGAAAGCUUCGCUCAAGAUGGUCAGGACCAUUCAGGAUUAAAGAAGUUCGCCCCUAUGGAGCAGUGGUACUAUGGGACCCAAUGGGAGGAGACUUUACAGUCAAUGGACAAAGGUUAAAACCUUACCUAGCCUCCACCACCAUACCACAGGAGACCACACUAGCUCUUGGCGAUCCACCAGAUCCUUAA